UUUAUAAGCAUACACCACAGACGAUGAAAAGCCAUCCGGACAUUCACCAGGACUUUGAGCCCAUUCCGGUUAAAAGUGCAUCAAGACGAAAAAUAUGGCUACCAUUCCUGGUGAUAGCAACAUUGAUAGUAGCAGCAGCUGUAAUCACUACUGCUGUGUUACUUGCUUCAAAGAACGACGAGAACAAUAAGUUCUCCGAAGAGAAGCCAUCUACACCCAAAUCAUUUGAAGCAACAGGAAAGACUUCAUCGCUAAAUGUAAAAAGGCAUUCAUCAACCAAACAUGAUUCUGCAACAACAAGACCAACGAUGACAACAGCAAAGCUUUCAUCAUAUUUUAUCACGUCGAUUACAAAAUCAAACGUUUCAGCAAAUGCAAUAACAUCUAGAAUACCAUCAACACCAUACAUUGCAAGUAAUGCUAUCAUGAAAAAUACAGCAUCCUUUUCAGUAAAUCAGGGAAAGACAACAACAAGUACACCGACUACAGCAAUCUAUUCGACGACUACUUCUACGAAAACAACAACUACACCAGCAACGAGGUGUUAUUCUACAACUACCUCUACACACACACCUACACCAGCAACAAUGCUUUAUUCUACAACUACCUCUACAACGACGAAUAAACCUGCAACAAGGUUCUAUCCUACAAUUACUUCUUCAACGAAAGCUACACCAGCAACAAGGGUUUUUCCUACAAAUACUUUUACAACAACAAUUACACGAGGAACAAAUUUUUAUCUAAAUUAUACAUCUACAACGACAACUACAUCAGCAACAAGGUUAAAUCCUACAAAUACUACACAUACACUGGCAAAAGCUAUUUUUCCAACAACUACUUCUCAAAAGACAACUACGCGUGCAACAACAGUAACAAGGUUUUAUCCUACAAACUCUUCUCCAACGACAACUACACCAUUAAAAAUGUUUUAUCCUACAACUUUUUCUACAAUGACAACUACACCAGCCACAAGGUUUUAUCCUACAAUUUCAUCUACAACGAUAACUACAUCAACAACAAGGUUUUAUCCUACAACUACUUCUACAACAAAAACUACAUCAGCAAGACGAUUAAAUUCUAAAACCAAUUCGACAACGACAUCAGAAACAAUGUUUUAUUCUACAACUUCUUCAACAAUGACAGCUACACCAACAUUUUAUCUAAAUUAUGCAUCUUCAACGACAACUACACCAUCAACACGGUUUUAUCCUACAACUACUUCUACAACAGCAACUGGACAAGCAACAAGGUAUUAUCCUAGAGCAAUUUCUUCAACGUCAACUACACCAGCAACAGGGUUUUAUAAUAUAACUAUUUCUACAACGACAAUUUCAACAGCAACAAUGUUUAAUUCUACAGCGACUUCUCCCACGACAACUACACCAGCAACAAGAUUUCAUCCGACAAUUACUUCUACAACGUCAACUAAACCAACAAGAAGGUUUUAUCCUACAGCAACUUCUACAAUGACAACCACGCCAUCAACACGGUUUUAUCUUACAACUUCUUCUACAACGUCAACUACACCAGCAAGAAGGUUUUAUCCUACAACUAUUUCACAAAUGACAUAUAUUCCAUCAACAUGUUUUUAUCUUACAACUACUUCUACAACGUCAACUACACCUACAAGAAGAUUUUAUUCUACAACUACUUCUACAAUGACAACCACACAAUCAACAUGGUUUUAUCUUACAACUACUUCUACAACGUCAACUACAACAGCAAGAAGGUUUUAUCCUACAACUAUUUCAUCAAUGACAUAUACACCAUCAACACGAUUUAAUCCUACAACUUUUUCUACAACGUCAACGACACCAGCAACAAGGUUUUAUCCUACAACUACUUCUACAACGACAACUACACCAGCAAGAAGGUUUUAUCCUACAACUACUUCUACAAUGACAUAUACAAAAUCAACACGAUUUAAUCUUACAACAAUUUCUACAACGUCAACGACACCAGCAACAAGGUUUUAUCCUACAACUACUUCUACAAGGUCAACUACACCAGCAAGAAGCAACAAGGUUUUAUCCAAAAACUACUUCUACAACGUCAACUACACCAUCAAGAAGGUUUUAUCCUACAACUACUUCUACAAUGACAUAUACACCAUCAAAACUGUUUUAUCCUACAACUAUUUCUACAACGUCAUCUCCACCAUCAACAACGAUUUCUCCUACAACUACUUCUACAUCGUCAACUACACCAUCAAGAAGGUUUUAUCGUACAACUAUUUCACGAAUGGCAUAUACAGCAUCAACACCAUUAAAUACUACAACUAUUUCUACAACAUCAACUCCACCAACAAUAAGAAGGUUUUAUCCUUCAACCACUUCUACAAUGACAACCACGCCAUCAACACGGUUUUAUCUCACAACUUUUUCUACAACGUCAACUACACCAGCAAGAAGGUUUUAUCCUACAAAUAUUUCACCAAUGACAUAUAUUCCAUCAACAUGGUUUUAUCUUACAACUACUUCUACAACGUCAACUACACCUACAAGAAGGUAUUAUCUUACAACUACUUCUACAACAUCAACUACACCAGCAAGAAGGUUUUAUCCAACAACAACUUUUACAAUGACAUAUACACCAUCAACACGGUUUUAUCUUACAACUUCUUCUACAACGUCAACUACAACAGCAAGAAGGUUUUAUCCUACAACUAUUUCACCAAUGACAUAUUUACCAUCAACAUGGUUUUAUCUUACAACUACUUCUACAAUGUCAACUACACCUACAAGAAGAUUUUAUCCUACAACUACUUCUACAAUGACAACCACACCAUCAACAUGGUUUUAUCCUACAACUAUUUCAUCAAUGACAUAUACACCAUCAACACGAUUUAA